AUGACCAUUCAUUUCAGGGUGAAUUUGGGACCCAAACAGUUAAACAACCAGCCACUUUGGUUUCCUUGCUGCCUCCCAGCCAAGGAGAUGAAUGGAAUGUUCAUGAGGUCGCUUGGCAGGCGUCCACAUUCCUAUGGGAACGUUGCAGCAGCGAGGAGCUUUGGGACACUAAGAGGCAAAUGUGUGGGAGUCGUGGGGCAAAUUGCAAAUGAUCCAAAAUCUCAGAAAAAUGUGUGGAGCGCUGUUGGCCCGAGGAUGCUUUGCAGAGGACCAGCAAAGUCUCUGCCGUUGCUCAGAGGCAGGAAUUGGCACUCUCCAUUCUUCCCUACAGCUGCCCAGGCCGUGGAUUCCACGGACCACUUGCAGCACCGUCGGGAUGGGAGUUCAUUACAAGAAUUUCAUCAAGGAGUCCCACUUCUUCAGCUGGUCUUUAUACUCCUUUCUCCUCUCUGA